AUGCCGAAAAGAAUCUCGCCCAUUGAAACGACCUUCAGUUGGAAGAUACCUCCUGUUUUCUCUGCUACUGUCGGACCCUCAGUACAACGACGGCAUAAAUGGGCUUCCAAUCUCUUCAAAGGAUGGGGCAAACCCCGGAAUAAAGACGCCGGAGCUUCACCCGCACAGGACCCUACAUCGCUGCUCGACGACCCCAAGAGCCGUGAAGAAUAUUUACAGAAGAGCAUGUACAGCGGUGUGGAGGACAACAUUUUCCAGGACGAGAUCGAAAAAGUCAGUACCGACACCACCCCGGGUGCACCCGAGAUCGAGCAAAAGACGAAAGAGAACAUGGCCAUGGUCGUGGACCCCGAUCCUCGAAGUCGAGUGCGUUGGCAGCGCAAGAAGGUUAUUCAGAUGGUCCGCCGCAACGGCCGUCUGACAAGAGACGAGCGCAUUCAGAUGUCAGAGCGCCAACUUUUGCACAAGAGCGAGUUCAUGCCCACAAGCGUCAAGAAACUCGUAAUGCUGGCCCGCCAGAUCGCAGGAAAGAGCGUCGACGACGCCAUUGUGCAGAUGAAAUGGUCCAAGAAGAAGAUGGCGGCUGAAAUUGGAUAUUACCUUGAGGAGGCUCGAGAUUUGGCUAUUGCACAGCGUGGUAUGGGACUCGGAAAAGUCAACAAUGAGAUUUUGAAAACUCCCAAGAAGAUCCAAACAGUCGAUGGCAAAUGGAUUGAGAUUGAGGACCCUACGCGAAUGUAUAUCGCUCAAUCGUGGGUUGGGAGGGGCCCCUGGCGAGGGAAGAGAAUCGACUACAAGGGUCGUGGACGAAUGGGCAUCAUCAAACAUCCCAGCACAAGUCUAACGGUGUUACUCAAGGAAGAAAAGACAAGAAUACGAGAAUACGAGGAGCGUGUGGAAAAGAAGAAUAAGAAGGGACCCUGGGUACAUCUCCCCAACCGACCAGUAUAUGGACAGAGGCCAUAUUAUUCGUGGUAA